AUGGCUGUCGGCAAGAACAAGCGUCUUUCAAAGGGAAAGAAGGGUCUCAAGAAGAAGACCGACACCUUCGCGAAGAAGGACUGGUACAACAUCAAGGCGCCAGGAACUUUCGCCGUCCGAGAUGUCGGAAAGACCCUCGUCAACCGCACCACCGGUCUCAAGAACGCCAACGACGCUCUGAAGGGCCGGAUAUUCGAGGUCUCGCUUGCCGAUCUCCAGAAGGAUGAGGACCACGCUUUCCGCAAGGUCAAGCUCCGCGUCGACGAGGUCCAGGGCAAGAACUGCCUGACCAACUUCCACGGUCUCGACUUCACCUCCGACAAGCUCCGCUCCCUCGUCCGCAAGUGGCAAACCCUCAUCGAGGCCAACGUCGUUGUCAAGACCACCGACGACUACCUCCUCCGCCUCUUCUGCAUCGCCUUCACCAAGCGCCGACCGAACCAGGUCAAGAAGACCACAUACGCCCAGUCGUCCCAGAUCAGGGCCAUCCGCAAGAAGAUGGUUGAGAUCAUGGCCCGCGACGCCAGCUCGUGCACCCUCGCCCAGCUCACCCAGAAGCUCAUCCCCGAGGUCAUCGGUCGCGAGAUCGAGAAGGCCACCCAGGGCAUCUACCCCCUCCAGAACGUCCACGUCCGAAAGGUCAAGCUCCUGAAGGCGCCCAAGUUCGACCUUGGUGCCCUCCUCGGUCUCCACGGCGAGUCAAGCCAGGACGACUCUGGCCAGAAGGUUGAGCGCGAGUUCAAGGAGACCGUCCUUGAAGAGGUAUAA